AUGUCUUCUUGGAGAAAAGCUGGUCUAACUUACAACUCAUAUUUGUCCGUUGCGGCCAAAGUUAUACGUUCUGCGCUAAAACCGGAACUGCAGACCGCCGCUGUUAUGAACAGAUCAAAAAGUGAAGGCAGAUACGUCAAAUAUGAGAAUGGUUCAGCCGUAACUGACUCAGCACCAUUGAACGAUAAAUGA